ACUUGUUUGUUGACAGAUGGCGUACCGAGUGACUUCGACUUCGCGUUGCAUAAAUAUCGGCUUGAUGCUCCAACUGGGAGGAGUUCAGUCCUCCUUUCACACCCGAACAGUCAGAGUCAGGUUCAGUAAAGAUGUCUGAUCGACGCACAAGUUCUCAUCAUGGCUCAAGCCGCCAUAACAGAGCUCAUGGAAGCAGGCAAGAUUCGAGAGGCGGUUCCCAUCAACAAGAGACGUCCAGUCGGGAGCUCGUGAAGUAUCAGAUUCCUCCUCCAAAUUACAGCAACAAUGAUCGCCAAGUUGUGAGGCAUGGAGACUUCCCUUCUUAUCCUCCCCCUCGACCGUACAACGACGCGCAUGACGAUGGUCGGAGCACGAACAGUGAACGCGUACGAGGAUGGGACGACGGUGGGAAGGAAAUGCUCCGACGUCGCGCGAUGCAACAUCGGCGAGAGCCUGAAUCGGCCUCCGAGUCUGAUCGUUCGCGACACCUUCGUGCUUCUUCGGUAUAUUCCGAUGCGACAUCUGUCUAUACAGGAUACUCGUCUUCGCAAAGAGGUCUUGCGGUGCCACGACGCGAUUCGCGAUACAUGGACGAACCUUAUCGAGAGUACGCGUCCCAAGGACAAGUCGAUUCGCAGCAGCGGACUCGUGUUACAUCAUCCACCCAUGUUCGUAUGCCGAGCCGUGGAGUGCAACUUCUCGAGGAACACCACAUAGAGACCAGACACUUUUCACAGCCAAAUGCUGAGGGUCUUGUCGCCGAACAAUCCAUUCGAAGCAAAUUCUACGCCGAGUCGAAGCGCAGAGAGCGCCAUCGCGAUUGAGGAAUAGUGCUGGCGAUAUCUGUGUGUGCCUGUGGACGUUGGUUAGAAAAGGUGAUCGAGUGGAGUGGAAGACUCUAGCAAGUUGUCAUGAAGGAUGUUACCCAUGGAACUCAGGCUGUAGCACAGAUCCAUGGAAUGAAGCCCUCCGUAAGAAUCUCACGUCCAUCACGUUUCCAUUCGAAUGGAAAUUC